AUCACGUUUUACAAAACGUUGAUGUAAAAUAAAAUUUUCGUUUUCCAAUACACUUCAAACUAGUCAUCGAGUCUCUCUCUUCCUCUCCCCCUCCCUCUCACCUCUCUCCCCCGCCACCCUCACCUUAUAAACUGACUUGUAAAUAGUUCCUUUUAUUAAAAACACAUCCUUACUCUUAUUCCGAAGAGAAAAAGGAACAUUUACAAAAGAGCUGAAAAGAUUAUUGUAUAUGUUUAAACAAAACCAAACAAACAAUUUGAUAAAAAUGUAAUGUACGUUAAUAUAGAGUAUACUUCCACUGUUUCCGCUACUAGAAGGACGUUUUCACAGAUAGUAAAACCCAGGGGAGACUUCGAUAAUUGGAUAAUUCUAAGAAUCAACAUAACUUUUAAACCAUUGUAUUAUUCAAUUACUGUCACGGUCAAACAAUUUCACAAACCCUACUGUCUAACUGAAUACAGUGCUACUACGUUAUGUGUAUAUCAUAAGAAAAAUUUGCUUUGUCACAUUUUAUUGUUCCAAAAUUUACUCUCCAGUGUCUGAAUUCUAGAUCGUGGAAUCAUUAUGGAAUCAUCUAGAACGAGGCAUUAUAUAGAAUCAUCUAGAACGAGGCAUAAUUAUUCUAUUAUCUGCUGAUGGAACAAAACAGUCUGUCGGCGUUUAAAUAUUCUUAGAUUUCCACAUGUACAUGUAUUUCGAAACUUAAUGCUGAGUCAAACCCGUUCGAUACAUUUACAGCUAUUUUUAGCCAUACGAAUUACCAAAUACCUAUUUUGAGAUACGGUCUGUGUAUAUGUAUAGAAAUUACAUGUACACCAGUCAGAUCGCGAGAUUUAAAUAUUCUUGCGAAUCAGCAUUGACUAGAGUGAUAUAAAACUCGCUUUAACGACCUCGUACCUUUAUUUCAUGCCUGUUUAAUGCAUACCGAAUGACGUAUAUUUUCCUUUCGCUUGGUGACCCGUGACGUCAAAGGUCGUAUAUUUCAAGUCUGCGCAGUAAACGUGUUUACCUCUCCAGAAGUAAACACAGCUUGGCUGUUAGAGAAACGCUGUACAAUGGAGACGAACAUUUUUACCGGCGAGCGCAUCUUCAGAGCCGAUUAUAUUAAAAAGAAACGAAUUAGAAAGGGCAACGUUCAGUAUCUUGUGAAAUGGAAAGGAUAUUCUACAAAACAAUGUACCUGGGAACCAGAGGAAAAUAUCCUUGACCCAUACCUUCUUUUCGACUUUAAUUCAAGACCAAAUGCAAAACGAGUCGGAAGACGAAGGAAAAGUGAGGUGGAGAACUUUCAUCCGUAUGGAGUUUACGAUCUCCAUGACAACAAAGAAAAAAGAAAGCAGGACAAAGGUGGGACGCGCUCCGUGUGUCGUCCGCGAACUUAUGACAAUGGAAUCGGGGCACUGGCGGAGGCGGCCGAGUAUAUCAAUUCACUUGAACAGACAGAUGGUACCCGGGGAGGGCUAUUGUUGCCCUCUGAAACGGGUCGUGGACAAUUUGACAAUGACUCCGACCUCAUUGAAAAGACAGACACGCUUCUGGAGUGUGCGAAACAAGACUGGGUACGUGAGAACAAUAAUAACACGGAAAAGGCGACAUCGGACUGCUGUUGUGUGCAACUGACGGAAAACGACCAAAAGUGUUUUGAUUGGAUGAACGGGACACGUGCUCAGCAUGAGUCUUCUGUGGACAUGACAGAUAAUAGUUGUGAAAAUGAACAUACUUCUGCACUUUUUUCUCCUCGAUGUUUAUCGGAAGAUACGGAAUCCUACUGUGCAGAAUCUUCUUGCACGUGCACGAGUUUUGACAUGGACAAUGACGAUAAUGGAGAAAUUUUACCCGCGCUAAGUGGGCAGAAUGAAUCAGACAUCUUAUUGGUCACCGACGUUACAUGUAAUUCCAUCACUGUAACAAUUGUCGAAAGUCCCCAAAAAUCGGGAUUUUUCAAACUGGAUUAAAUAAUCUGUGUAUCAAGUUGAAAUAAUCAAGAAAACAUUCACGAAACUGUUCAGUAAUUUUCCACUACAUACGCCUACAUAUUAAAAAAAAACAAAACCGAAAGACGGAAAUUGGUGUUAACUGUACGUACCAUGUCUUUAUCUUGGAGAGAGUUAAAGUGAGAUUCAUCUUGACCAAAAUUAGAUAUGGAAUUAGAUGAUGUUAAGCCCUUUACAUAGGAAUUAUAUGUACUGUCAGUGUCCUGUAGAUACUGGAAUUUUCAGUCUGAUUAUAUAAGAUUUGUUCGUGCAACGUGUUUUUCCUACAGAAAGAGGUGGGGAAGAAUUCAUAUGUAUCUACAUGUGUUUGACAGAUAUACCCUUGUGAUAUAUAUUUACUGAUCGAUGAAAAAGCAGCAGCUGACGAUGGUCUUUCAUUACAUGUUCUCUCCUUUGUUGUCAAGUAUUGGUUUCCAGAAUAUCAGACGAGACGGAUUUGUGUUUCACCCUGUAUCUGGAUUUAAAAAAACAACUUAUUUUACAAUAUAUAGUUUGACCAUGUUGAAUAAAUGAUCAUCUGAAAACUU